AUGGGGCGGCGGGCGCGGCCCGCGCGGCUGCUGCUCCUGCUGCUCUGUGCCGCGCUGCUCCGCGCCCCGGCGCGGGCCGCAGCCGAUGAAGAGGGAAAUCAAGAUGAGUCACUGGAAUCAAAGUCUUUAUCUGCAGAGGACCAGGUAAAGGACCCCUCCACAGGAACGCGUGUGGUAGCAGGUCAGAUCUUCCUUGAGGCAGGAAAAACGGACUCUCAAUCUGAUGAUGAAGAAAACUUCCACAGUCAAGAGGAGGAAAAAGAGAAUUCCCUGGAAGAGCUGAACUCUCUGGAAGUGKCAAACCUGUUAAAUAAGGAUUUGGAAGAAGCAGAAGUGCAGAGUACAGUUUUGACAGCUAUUGGGGGCACGGCGGAUGGUGAACCUUGCCACUUCCCCUUCCUCUUUCUGGAGAAGGAAUACGCAGAGUGCACUGCGGACGGCAGGGAGGACGGCAGGCUCUGGUGUGCAACAACCUAUGAUUACAAGCAGGAUCAAAAGUGGGGCUUCUGUGAAACUGAAGAGCAGUCUAAUAAGAGAAGACAGAUGCAAGAAGCUGAGGAUGUUUAUCAGACUGGAAUGAAAAUCCUCAAUGAGAGCAGUAAAAAGGCUCAGAAGAAAGAAGCAUAUCAGUAUCUUCUGAAAGCAGCUGACAUGAACCAUACCAAGGCAAUGGAGAAGGUCUCUUACGCUUUGCUGUUUGGGGACUACCUGAAGCAAAACAUCCAGUCGUCCAAGGAACUACUUGAAAAACUAACAGAGGAAGGCUCUCCUAAGGGACAAAUGGCUCUUGGUUUUCUUUAUGCAUCUGGUCUAGGAGUCAAUUCUAGUCAAGCCAAGGCCCUGGUGUAUUACACUUUUGGAGCUUUAGGAGGAAAUCUGAUAGCACAUAUGAUCUUGGGCUACCGCUAUUGGGCUGGGAUAGGAGUCCUUCAGAGUUGUGAGUCUGCUCUCACUCACUACCGACUUGUAGCUAAUCAUGUUGCUAGUGACAUUUCUUUGACCGGUGGCACUGUAGUUCAGAGAAUUCGCCUACCAGAUGAAGUAGAAAAUCCAGGAAUGGCAAGUGGAAUGCUGGAAGAAGAUUUGAUUCAAUAUUACCAGUUUUUAGCAGAGAAAGGRGAUGUACAAGCACAGGUUGGCCUUGGUCAGCUGCACUUACACGGGGGACGAGGAGUAGAACAAAAUCACCAGCGAGCAUUUGAGUACUUCAACCAAGCAGCUAAUGCUGGAAACUCUCAUGCCAUGGCCUUUCUAGGAAAGAUGUACUCGGAAGGAAGUGAUAUUGUGCCUCAGAGCAAUGAAACAGCUCUUCAGUAUUUCAAGAAAGCUGCUGAUAUGGGUAAUCCAGUUGGACAGAGUGGACUAGGAAUGGCUUAUCUCUACGGCAGAGGUGUCCCAGUGAACUAUGAACUGGCACUCAAGUAUUUCCAGAAGGCUGCGGAACAGGGAUGGGUGGAUGGACAACUGCAACUAGGUUCCAUGUAUUACAAUGGUAUUGGAGUCAAGAGGGACUAUAAACAAGCUUUGAAAUAUUUCAAUUUGGCCUCCCAGGGUGGCCACAUCCUGGCUUUUUAUAACCUGGCUCAGAUGCACGCCACUGGCACCGGAGUCAUGCGAUCCUGUCAUACUGCUGUGGAGCUGUUUAAGAACGUAUGUGAACGAGGCCGUUGGUCUGAAAGACUCAUGACUGCCUACAACAGCUAUAAGGAUGGUGAUUCCAAUUCUGCUGUGGUUCAGUAUCUUCUUUUGGCUGAGCAAGGCUAUGAAGUUGCACAGAGCAAUGCUGCUUUCAUACUUGAUCAGAAAGAAGCUAGCAUAGUGGGAGAAAACGAAACCUAUCCUCGAGCCCUGCUUCACUGGAAUAGAGCAGCUUCUCAAGGAUAUACCGUUGCAAGAAUUAAACUCGGAGAUUAUCAUUUCUAUGGUUUUGGCACCGAUGUGGAUUAUGAAACUGCAUUUAUUCAUUAUCGGCUGGCAUCAGAGCAGCAACACAGUGCCCAGGCAAUGUUUAACCUGGGUUACAUGCAUGAGAAGGGGCUGGGCAUCAAGCAGGAUAUUCACCUUGCGAAACGAUUCUAUGACAUGGCUGCUGAAGCAAGCCCAGAUGCCCAGGUUCCUGUCUUCCUAGCACUUUGCAAGCUUGGAGUGAUUUACUCCUGGCAGUAUGUACGAGAAAUCAAUAUCAGGGAAGUAUUCUCGCAUAUUGACAUGGACCAGCUGCUGGGGCCCGAGUGGGACCUUUACCUGAUGACCAUCAUCGCGCUGCUGCUGGGGACAGUGAUAGCCUACAGGCAGAGGCAGCAGCAGGCGCUCCCCAGAGCAGCAGGACUGCGGCCCCCGGCGCCUCCCCAAGAGCCACCACCAGAGCAGCAGCCGCCRCAAUAGCAGCACGAGCCUCCACGGAAGAACUGGAUUUUUCCAACAGGAACGACUUUCGUUGUGACUUAGGACUUUGGAUUAACGGUCCCUCCCCCAAAAAGAGGCGCAAAGAAGUUGAGGGGAAAAAAAAAGUCUGAAAGCUGCUUAGAAUGAUGCCUUUUUUCAGGGAAAAGAAACUUCUUUUGAAACUGAUUCGAAUGUUAUUUCAGUGCCAAUGGAAUAACACUAUGGCUUUUUCCAUGGAAGCACAAGUGUGCUACUACAAAAAUGUUGCCUGCUGUAUCUAGUUGCUCUUUAUUCAAAGUCUUUUUCAUCUCCUAGAGAGCAGAAGAUGAGUGUUGGAAGGUUUUGCCUACCUGAUAGAAGCUACCCUAUUUAAAAAAUAUAUAUGACCAGUUUAAGUUCCAGAGGCUUAAAAUAUGUGAAGUCAAAGAUAUAAGUCCUACAAUUCUAAUUUUUUUCUUAAUAUUUCUUAAUAGAGUUUGGUCUCUUAUGUUGUCUUGGGUGGUUUAAUGUGGUUUAUUCAUAAAAAUCCCAAACUAAGCCAGCAAACAAAUCACUCUAACUUUGUGCUGUUGUUGCAAGUUAUUUUCCUCUGUUGACUUCAGCGUAGUCAGUAGCCAGUACGUAGCCCAGGAGUUUGCUUGGGACAGAUUGGGCUUUUAGGACUAGUCAGUUGAAGCUGUAUACACAGGGCCCAGACUUCUCCCCUUUCUAAAACUUUUGGAGUUCAUAUGUAACUUGCCAUCCCUCCUGAAAUAAAGAUAAGAUGCUAGUAUUCGUAAACAGCUUGCACCUAGCGAGGCUUGGGCUAGAUUGCAGAAAUUGGCAGUAUUAGGAUGGACAUUGAAGAGAGGAGAGAGGCAGAAGUCUUCUUGGUGAGUCAGCUUUCCUGUAUUUACAUGUGAAAGUCUUGUUUAAUCCCAGCAAGUGACCUGCUUAGCAAGAAGGGGUUCGUGCAGCAGAAGUGGAUCUGGUGUCUUCAUGCAUGUUUCCUGCUCAAGUUUGCCCAAGURGCAAACUGUGAAGCAGCGAGGACUCGGGGCAGUAGUGCAGAGGUGCAGCUGGGUGGUUUAACAAACGCUAGAUGACAGCAGUGCUCUGGCUGUGGCCUAGUUCCCCUGUCCUUGGCAUAUCAUGGAGGGCCAGAAAGACAUUCCUAAAUAGCUAGGCCAUCUGAGGAUCCCUUUUAAUGACAACAACAAAAAAAAAAAAAGACACAAGUGACUAAUUUUUUGUGGCUUCUUGAUGUACCACCAGGUCGGUGCAGAGGUCUUCUGGUAGGAGUAAAGAAAUGACCUGUGGAUUGAUGUUUUUUUAGACUGCAGUAAGAGCCUUGACUUUUCUUUGAACUAUCAUUUGGGGGGKAGGAGAGGGCAAAAUAGCUCUUUGGGACAAGAAAUACAGAUAUUUCUGUUCCUUUCUGUUCAAUAAGUUAAUUUUUUUUCUGUAUUAGCAUUAAACUCUCUGAAUAUGCUCUCAGAGUAAUGAAAUAUGAAUAGGGAGGUCUUGCUUUCUGACAAAAUUUGUUGCAUUUAAAGGAUUACAGGCUUCCUUUCAUGCACAAGCUUUUUUUCUUCAGUGGAUUGGCAGCAACAUAUCAAUAUGCUGUAGAAUUGAGAUGUCUGUAUGACUUUAUACUUAAUGCAGUUGUAAGGAGACCAUUGCACAAUAUAUCUGCAGUUUGGGAACAACGGUAAGAAAUCCACUGUCUUGGAAACUGAAAUGUUAUCAGUGACUAGUAUUAAAAUACAAGUAGUGCUUCUGAGUGCUUAGAAGUGCUGAUGCUGGUUAUGUGCUGACAAAUUUUUGAUGUUAGUGUGGGGGAUGCAGCGUGAUAAGAGCAAUGUUGUGUUUCAGUCCCAAUUAUCAUUAGCAAAUGAACAGUAUUGAGCUUAAAUAUAGUGUCGAAAGUGUACAGCACUCUCCAGCUCCAUUUCUAAGAUCUCCGUGAUUUCUGAACACUUCCUCUGAAGUAUUUUUACCUCUGUCACUUAAUAGCUCUUUUUAGUUCAGCAUGAAUAAAUUAAUUGUAUGGAAGCUGUUUUCUCCAGUUAACUGCCAUUGGUUCAUUGGUAUUGGUCUUUUAGUAUGUUUAACAAUUUUGUUAUGACUUUCUUAAUCUUAAAGUUUUUCUUGUGUUUAAUCUGUGAUAACUAAAUUAUAAAAAUUCUAUCCUAAUUGCAUGAGAAUCUCUCAUUGUUGCUGCUAUGUGAGAGUCUUAGAGCUGACUGUUCACUGAACUGUUGUAUUUUACACCCAAGGAAUCAGCAAAACCAAUUGAAGAUCAGUAAGUUGUUUCACUUGAACUGCUUUUUGAAGAAGCAAUAGGGAAGUCCUGCUCUUUCCCUUCCCACCAAAUUGCUGCCACUUAACUUUUUCAGAUGGCAUUCAUCUGAGGUGUGGUAGUGGUAGAUACCAUGAGUAAUAGCAAGUUUGCUCAGGGACUAAAGUGCAUACGUUUUCUAAAUCUGCCUAKAACAUCACUGAAGUUUUUCUGACAAUCCCCUGCUAGACUUUUUGAAACUUGCAUCUGGAGAGAAGCGCGUAUGACUCUUACUAGCGAUCUUUUGUGUUGUGCACCCAGUUCAUCAGACAGCUUCUUUCCUAUGGGAGAUGGGUUUUACUGGAGUGAAGUACCCUUCCCUUGUUGUAGCACACGUAUUGUCUUAUACUUUAUAUGCAGGAGUAGUUUAGAAGGGAAACUAAGGGCUGCCUUCCUAGGAAUGUGCAGUGUGCAUCUGAAUGGAAGAAUCGUCAUCUUUACUAGGGAAAUACCCUGGGUUUGACUUUCUCAAACAUGUCCUCUCUGCAUGGAGAAUAGAACAAGAGAGCAGGAGCUGUUGUCAGUAGCAGCUCUGCAUGUAGAAGAGCAGUGGAAAGAUGAUUUAAGGGGAAAAUGUUGUGCAGCAUCUCAAAUGACUAAUCAAACACAUCAACUAUGAUAGCAGUUUGAAAAAAAUAGCAUUGAACUGUUGUGGAAGAGGGACUCUAGUUCUUCCCUCUGGUGCAGUUUGACUCAGAGCUUAGUCUGUUAAUACUUCUUGCUUUAUAUUGUCUGUCAGAGGACAAUGUAGUGGAAGAUACAGUCUUUGAUUAUAAAUAUCCCCAAGACUUUUGAGACAAUUUUACUUGUUUUUUAGUUAUAUUCUGUAAGGCAUCAGCUCUUUUUGAUUAAAUUUGCAAAAAAAAAAAAAUCUAUAAAAUGUUUGAGGAAGAAUAUUGAAACUUGGCUGUGAAAGGACUUUUAAAACUAUGCAUUAUCUAGCUUCCACCUACUAUGUGGCUAGACUUUGACCUAUAAAAGGAUUAUUA